UGCCUCCAUCUACAUCUCUCCGUACUUUAGAUGCCGCCAUAUGAUAACGCUCUACACACAGUCAGUAAUGUUCAUGCACCGGCCGAGCUCAUUGAAAGCUCUGGAUUCGUAAGAACAUAUUAUUCGGCAAAUUUCAGCCGACAAUAUGCUACCUCACUCUUUCUCUGCUUCGAAUAUGCGAUCUUCCGCUUCAUCGGGUUCGAAUCUGCACACGACUUUCUCACGUGUAUGUUUCUCUCGCUCGUCUAAAGGCUGUUCUCUUUUCAAACCUCCGCGCUUAUGCGUUUUGGUUUUCCCAUGUAACUUUCCGAUUGACUCUCAUGACGAUCUCAAGAUUUCUAGAGUCAAUCCUCUGGGACCUGGACUUCGUUUGCAGCGUAAGCUUUUGCCCGUUCGCAUCAUGGAUGGGGACACUGAUUUUUCUUCAUUUGAUGAUUGGGGAGAGAGUAAUGAGAUUGGUGCAUAUGCAAUCUCAUCAAGUGAUGGAGAAGAAAGCGAUGGAGAAAUUAUGUUACAACUAAUAACCGAUCUUGACCUGCCAACAACAAUGGAUAAUUUUUCUCCUACUGAUGACUCUAUCACAUUAGCUGCCCAAAGGCUGGUAAUGCUACGCAGGACACGCAGGAGAAAAAAGAUUACGCAUGGAAUCCUAAACAAUAUUGGUCUAGUGGCUUUUUCAACAUUGCUUCUCUUGCUAGCAGAUUUGUGUGCUUGGAGAAUUGUCAGAUUACCAUUGCCACCGUUUUAUCUGAUGCGUCCGUUUCUCAUAUCUGCAGUUGCAGUGUCUUGUGUUGGCUAUUUAUGUGUUCCAUUGUUUCGUACUUUAAGACUCCGCUCUCUGAUAAAGAGAGAAGUUUCUGCUCAACAUUCUGCUAAGAGAGGCACCCCUACGAUGGGCGGGUUAUAUUUCAUACCCGUUGGUGUACUUGUGGCAGACAUUAUACUCGGAUUUUCUUCUGUGGAAGUUUUGGGAGCCUCUGCAGUAACCCUUGCUUUUGCAACAAUUGGAUUUCUUGACGAUCUAGUGAGCCUCAAGAAUAAUAAAUGCCAUGGCUUAUCUGCUUGGAUUAGAAUUCCCUUCGAGGUAGCUGUAGGGAUAUGGUUUUCCUUUUGGUUAAAAGCCACUGACAUAUCGUCGCCUUAUAGCAUGAAAGCAGUGAUUCCUCUGCCUGCUCCCAUUGGUCUUGUCUGCGUAGGAAAGUUCUAUCCUCUUUUAACUUCAUUUUGCUUUACUUCCAUAGUAAAUGGAGUUGAUCUCACAGAUGGUCUUGAUGGAUUGGCUGGUGGAACUGCUGCAUUAGCAUUUAUUGGAAUGUCAUUUGUAGUCCUUCCAAUCUGUCCUGGUUAGUAUAUGAGUCGAUGAAAAACAAUAUGCUGCCCAAAAGUGGUCGUUAAUAUCUUAGGAUCUCGCUGUGUUUGGAGCAUCAAUUGGGGGCGCUUGUGUUGGGUUUCUGAUGCAUAAUCGAUACAGAGCAUCAAUAAUCAUGGGUGGCACAGGAGCUCUGGCCAUAGGUGGGGCCCUAGCAUCUAUGGCUGCUGUUACUGGACAGUUCUUGCCAUUGUUCAUUGCUUCUGGGAUCUUUAUUUUGGAAGCCGCUCUAUACGUUGUGUUACAGGUAUACUUCUCCACGUCAAGCCAAAAGCCAUGCCCCCAGUUUGAGAUGGCGCCAUUUCAUCACCACCUCAAAAUGAUGUGUGGCUUGCGAGAACCUGCUAUUGUGGCUGGAGCAUACGUUGUAUCAUGCAUUUUAGUCCUAUGCGCUGGAUAUGUUGGUCUUAUUAUAGUGUAACCAGGUGUGUCAAUGUGGUCUUACUAUGCGUCCCUCCCAUACAGGCCUGAAAAUUGUUUCAUCACAUUUCUCUCUAACACACGAUUGUGUGUGGGAUGGAUCCAACGGUCACCAGGCUCUAGCGGGCAUUACAACCAAGUAACUGACAUGCUAAAUUUGUCAAUUACAGUUGGCUUUUUGUUUCUCAUAUACUCCCUCCGUUUCUAAAAGAAACUCACACUUUCCUUUUUGAGAUGUUUCAAAAACAAAGUCACACUUCCCUUAUUUCCUUAUUUGGCAAAGAAAUCUACAUCCAAACAGUGUCAAACAGUGCCAAAUAGUGUCCAAACAGUGCCGAACAGUGUCUAAACAGUGUUUUCUACAGUAAAGUCAAUUUAUUUCCUUAAUAAUCGUGAAGUCAAACCGUAACUUUCUUUUGGAAACAGAGGGAAUAUGUUGGAGCAAUUAUUUGAAUAAUUAAUAUUGCAUUUAAUGUUAUAAUUAUGAGUUAAUUAUGUAACAAAUUAUCCCUUUGUAUGUUUUU